UGUAAACAGACUUCCUGCAUUGCUCCCUGGUGGGCAGCACACAGGAAACGGGCCGAUUAUCCCAGAUGGGAUUCAGGCAAAGCCAGGAGGGACUCUUUUUGGGCCUAAGAAGGGCUUUAGCAGCCGUUCAGCUCAGCCUCGGGCCCUCUGGGUGAAGCCGGGGCUGGCAGAGCUCCAGAAGCCUCGGCAAAGCAAAGUCUCAUUGGAAUGGGGAGCCUUUCCUGGGGACGGGGGGAUCGGGUGGUCCCUUCGGUCACAUGUUAAACUGGCCAUUUUCCACGCGUGCUGGGCAGGACCCGCUCGUGGGGGUGGGGAAGUGUGCAGGACUCCUGGACCGGCUCCUGCAGAAGAAUUGGCCAGCUCUUCAAGGCAGGAUUCCAGCGGAGACGCCCCGACGGGUUCCAAGGGGGAAUCUUCAGAUUGUGAUGCCUAUGUGUGACACAUAAAGGCGUCACAAUUUCCCUUCAGAUGUCACAGAGGCCCAGCAAAGGCUGCACAAAUCCAGGCUGGGAUAAAGGAAGGGGUGACCUUUGCUGGCACUUGCUGUCCGUCUCUCUCCAGGCGCACCCAGGACGUUUUCUCGGAGCAAAAGGAGGCGAGAUCCAAAGGACUCAGGAUGAGGUUCAAGAGGAAAAAAGAUCUGAAGGAGCAAAUCCGUGAACUGCAGGCCAUCAUUCACAUCCAAGAACAAGGGAGGAAGCUCCGCACCCAAGCAAGCGAGGAGGCCGUGCGCAAGAACAGGGACCUGAUUGCCUUUCUGCGCACUACGCUGCGGGCCGAGAUGCACGAGCUGAAUCUCGGGCUGAAGCAUGACCACGUCACGAUCAGCAGGGCCUGCCUAGACAGGAAGCGGGUGAAAAUCGCUAUGGCAGAUUAUACCAUGGAGCAAGCUCGGGAAUCCCUGAGCCAGCACGUCUUCGACCGGAUGAACGCCCACAACAUCCUCCUAUAUGAAGUCAAGCGCCGGGGCAACCGCCUGGAGGAGCUCCAGAGGAUUCUGCAGGGCCUCAUCGACCUGGAAAUGGCCAGCCCUGAGCUCCAGCUGCAGCUCCAGACCAUCCGUCAGCUGGAGAACAAUAUCGAGAAGAUGCAGGUGAACAUCAUGACUGCAGAAAAGGUCCACAUCCUGUAUGUGAAGAUGGUGGGCGUGCUGAGAGGCGAGCUUUCUCAGCUUCCUUUUGUCCUGGAGGACUUGGAGCACCGAGUGGCCACCUACCAGACAGAGCUGCAGGGGGUGGACCUGAUGGCCAAGGAUAUGCAGGAAGCCAUGGAGGCUGCCAAGGAGGACAUGGCCAACGCAGAAAGCGAGCUGAUCGCGGAGAAGAAAUUCAGGGAGAACUCGCUCAGCAUCCAGAAGAAGCAGAUCGAGCGCAUCCGUGCGAAGGACCCCAUCGAGAGGCACCGGCGGAUGCAAAUCCAGAGAGACAUGGACUUCCCUGUCCUGAUGAUGCGCGAAGGAACAAGAGGGGCGAAGCUGGAGGCUUCCAAGGCCCAGAUCGAGUACCAGGGUCUGGUGACCAGCGAGGUGGAGAAAGUCAAAAGUGCCGUGCAGUGCUCCCAUCUCUGGGAUAUCGCUGGGCGCUUCAUGGCCCAGAAGAAAUCUGAGGAGAACCUUCAGCAUCAGAUCACCAAAUCGGAGAAGAAGCGGCGAGGCCUCAAGUCCCAGCUGAAGGCGCUGGAGCUGCAGCGAGCCGAGCUGAAAUUCCACCAGUCCCCGGGCUUCCUUAGCUCAAAGACACUAGAAGAGAAUCUGUGGAAGAACCUGGAGGAGGAGGAGGAACGGCUGUCGCGGGUCCGUGGCCAGGCCUUCAAAAACCAGGAGCUUCUCCUCCACUUUGAGAACGGGGUCGACAACCUGAUUCUGAGGCUGUGGGACAUCAGGGUGCCUGGCCAGGAGGGCAUCCCCAAGAUGGAGGAUGUCUUUGAGAAGCUGCAGUUUUGUGAAACGAAACUUCUGCAUUUGAACCGAAAGAUGCUCGAUUUGCCCUCUGACAUACUCAGGCCAGACGAGAGCGACGAGUCGUUCGUCCACCUCCGGAAUUUCCUCGAGGAGAGCGCCAGGGAUGAGCCGCAGAACCUGAGAAUCGCUUUCGAUGAGGACGAGGAGGAUGUCCGAGAAGCCUUUCACUUUGUGGACAUCGACCACAGCUACGUGCCCACUCGGGAGGAGAUCAAGAAGGAGGCCUUGAAGCUCAUCGAGGAGAAGACCAAGGUGAUUAAGAAAAAGCAAAGAGGAGCCAAAAAAUGAACCUUCCACAAAUUUGGCUACUAUCCGGAUUUCUCAGAUGGGGAGAUUUGACUCUUAUCCUGUUUUUCUUUUAAUUUGUAUUUGUUUAAAAUGAUAUUGAACUUGCUUUAAAGCGCGCGCGCACGCACACACACCCUCCCCAUGGAAUGUGCAAAAGGAAGUCUUCCCAUAUUUUGCAAAUGGGAGGAUAAUAAAGGCGUUGACUUGC